GUUUUCCGCCCUUUUGUGCUGCACGAUGAUUUUGUUUUGGAUUCCGCUCAAUGGACAACGGACUGCUUGCGUCUGCGGCAUCUCGCUGAGGGCCCCACGGGUGGCGGCAUGAGACUGCGCGACCUGUCGACGCACCCGCUUGUCCAGCUCCCGAGACUGAUGCCCGCUGUCUCGGAUAUGGACUGACGUCCUGUGGCCGGUCCGCUCCGCUCCGUCGCUCUUUUGCACGUGUGGUUCAGCUGGGCGCCGGAGACGGGGGCCAUGGUGGGGAACGGGCAGUCGGGGAAGCAUCCGCUGGGCCACUUGUUCUCGGCCUUCCGCAGCCGGCAGGAGCGCGUGGUGCUGGCGCGCAGCGAGAGCUUACCGGGGGAGCAAGUGCUCCAGAUCACCAUCACGGAGACCACGGUCAUAGAGGCCGACUCGGGCGUGUGGAACUCCAAGGCGCUCGCCUACCUGUGCCUUUGGUACUUCUUCAGCUUCUGCACCCUCUUCCUCAACAAGUACAUCCUGUCCCUCCUGGAGGGAGAGCCGAGCAUGCUGGGGGCCGUUCAGAUGCUGUCCACCACCGUGAUCGGCUGUGUGAAGAUGUACGUUCCCUGCUGCCUGUACAAGCACAAGUCUCGGGCCGAGUACCCCUCCAACUUCCUCAUGAUCAUGCUCUUCGUGGGACUGAUGAGGUUCACCACCGUGGUGCUGGGCUUGGUCAGCCUGAAGAAUGUGGCUGUUUCUUUUUCCGAGACAGUGAAGAGUUCAGCACCUAUCUUCACGGUUAUCAUGUCCAGACUCAUCUUAGGAGAGUACACAGGACUCUGGGUAAACCUGUCCCUUUUCCCCAUCAUGGCCGGCCUGGCGCUGUGCACGGCGACCGAGGUCAGCUUCAACCUGCUGGGCUUCUCGGCGGCGCUCUCCACCAACAUCAUGGACUGCUUACAGAACGUCUUCUCCAAGAAGCUGCUGAGCGGGGAUAAGUACAAGUUCAGCCCACCGGAGCUCCAGUUCUAUACGAGCGCCGCAGCGGUCAUCAUGCUCAUCCCUGCAUGGAUCUUCCUCCUGGACAUCCCCGUGAUCGGGAAGAGCGGGCGCUCAUUUCGCUUCAGCCAGGACGUGGCGCUGCUGCUGCUCUUCGACGGGGUGCUUUUCCACCUGCAGAGCGUCACGGCGUACGCGCUCAUGGGCCGCAUCUCUCCCGUCACCUUCAGCGUCGCCAGCACAGUGAAGCACGCCCUCUCCAUCUGGCUCAGCAUCAUCGUGUUCAGCAAUCAGGUGACGCUGCUGUCGGCCGUAGGCACGGUGUUGGUCAUCGUGGGCGUCAUGCUCUACAACAAGGCCAAGCAGGCCCAGAGGGAUGCGCUGCACAGCUUGGCGCAGAGCCUCGAGGCCGACCAGAAACUCCUGCUGCAGGAAGCCGACAUCAAGGAGUCACUCUAGCAAUCCCCCCCACCCAGGCAGUACUGCCUCUAUGUAAAUAUUUGCAACGUCUUACGUCUAUUUUCCUUUGUUGUUGCUGGUCAAAGGCCAGGAGGACUGUGGGAAACGCACACGACGGUGGUGCUACAACGGAAAUACACUCUGCUCCGGUGCCUCGUUGCAGCGAGAAGGAAAUGGAGGUCCAGGGUGACCGUUUUUGUGCGUUCCCCCUCCUUUUCCCCCAGCUUUGAUUUGGGUUGGGACGCUGUUGGGAGGCAUUAAGGUAGCGGUUUCAGCAGGCAAAUAUUUGCUCUACAAAAGAUUGACUGUAACGUGUCUCACGUGUUUAAACAGAAAUUAACCAUCUUUAGUGGGUCCUGCAGUAAGUCAGGAUUUCACUGGUAGACAUUUCCAUGCAGUCCUAUGCUGGAGCUCAGUGCUCAGCUGUGUUGUUUUCCCAUCGUACCUGUGAGAGUGUACGUGGAAAGAAUGAUUGAGAGGUGUGUG